GCAAGAGACACGCCUCACAAGAACGUCAAAUGUUGAUACAGGGUGUUCAAAAAGGGUCGCAAAGGUUCACAAAGCUUUUAGGUUAAACCUAAAAUGACCAACGUGAGUUAUUUUUGUUCUAGACAAAAUUAAGUUGAGGUCGCUUAACGUUACCUGUCGCUCUUGUGUGAAAUCAGAAGCAAAUUCCCCCUAACAUACAUCUUUAGCGAAGCAAACAUUUGGGCUCGGAGCCCACUGUUACAUACGCUAACAAGUCUUUACAACAUUUCUCACCUUGAGAUGACAUUUUUAAAGGGUCUUACUUGAGGCAGCCUUUCUCGCUUUACUAAACAGAACAGUGAUUUUGGAUAAGUGCGCGGAUGCAUUGGAAAUACAGCGCUCGUUUUAAUAGUGGAACGCUGCUGGUUAUUAUUUUAGAGAAGAAGAGAACUUAACAUAUUUACCUUACAAACUGGAGUAUAAGUUCAUCUCUAAGACUUGAGCUCGUAUUGACCAUGGAGGAACUGGCCCGGGAGAGUAUACGCAGCAUCAGUAUCCUGUCCAAACCUGCGCGGGAUUCGGACGUCCCGCGGCUCGGCUCGUUUGGGGCCAUUUUCAUCAUGCUUAAAUCUGCCCUCGGCGCGGGGCUACUUAACUUUCCAUGGGCCUUUGAGAAGGCUGGUGGUGUGUCCACAGCCAUCAGUGUGGAGAUGGUGUCUCUGGUAUUUCUGAUCAGCGGCUUGGUCAUUCUUGGCUAUGCUUCAUCGAUUAGCCGGCAAAACACGUAUCAUGAUGUGGUGCGUGAGGUGUGUGGACGAAGGAUCGGACAUCUGUGUGAAAUCUGCUUUGUUUUCAACCUCUUCAUGAUCUCAGUUGCCUUUCUGGUGGUUGUGCAGGACCAACUGGAUAAAUUGUGUCUGUCUCUGUAUGAGACAGUGACGGGUGCCACAGAAGAAGAGAUGCCAUAUCAUUGGUACACAGAUCAUCGUUUUGCACUUUUUCUCAUGUGCCUCAUUAUCAUCCUCCCACUUUCAAUACCCAAAGAGAUUGGCAUUCAGAAAUACACCAGUGUUCUGGGGACUCUGGCUGCUACAUACCUUGGCGUGGCUGUAAUUGUAAAAUAUUACCUGAAAGAUGAGCACACAGCUGACCUCACACCAGAGCACAGUGAAGGGUUGGACUCAUGGGCUUCCAUGAUCAGUGUGGUUCCUACUAUCUGUUUUGGUUUCCAGUGUCAUGAAGCAUCUAUUGCCAUAUACAGCAGCAUGCAGAACAAAAAAAUCACACACUGGGUCUUUAUCUCAGUUACUUCUAUGGUUUUCUGCCUGCUAAUUUAUACUCUCACUGGUGUGUUUGGAUUUCUUACAUUUGGACGGGAAGUAGCCUCAGAUAUCCUGAUGUCAUAUCCUGGAAAUGAUGUAGUGAUGAUUAUUGCUAGGCUGCUCUUUGGAAUUUCAAUCGUAACAAUUUAUCCUAUAAUACUGCUGCUUGGCAGGUCAGUGAUUCUAACACAAAUAUUGCGGUAUUGGGAAAGACGGGCUAUGAUCACAUCUGUGUUUGAGUGUCAGUGCCGUGUAGUUCUGACAAUUCUCUGGAUCGCUGUGACUCUCCUCAUUGCCAUAUUUGUACCAGACAUGAGUGAGAUCAUCAGUGUAAUCGGGGGAAUUAGUGCCUUCUUCAUAUUUAUUUUUCCUGGCCUGUGUCUCAUUUUUGCCAUGCAGACUGAACCUAUAAAUUACAGGAUGAGAAACUUCUUGACGGGUUGGGGAGUGGUUACUGUUAUCACAGGAAUUUUUAUCUUUGGUCAGAGCACCACUAUUGCUGUUAUGGAGCUCAUGCACAAGUUCUAAUCAUUGUUUCAACAAAUUUUGUUCAUAAAAUGGAUAAAUAAAUAUUUUUAUUGAUAGAAUUUGAUGGCAAGAUCCCAUACAGAGAUUCACGGAGAAGAUAUUUUGUUUGCUGUUGUGCCUUUAAAUGUAAUUUAUAGCAAAUAAAAUUAUAUUUUUGUGUGUGUUUAAACAAGAAUAAGAAAUGCAUUUAAAUGCCUCAUAUGAAAUGUCUGUAUUUGGAUGCUAUGUAAGAAUAUAGGCCUAAAUAUUAAUUUAAAUAAUGACUGUU